GAGUCUCGCCCUCUAUUUACAGUAGCCCAUGCUCCAUGAGUUCAUCUCCGAGUGCCAAGUAACCGGCCUGGCCUGUCACAAAAAUGGCGAACCGAAAUCGAAGAACUAAUGUUCCUGACGUAGAUAACACAAUUGAUUUGGUUCAAGUGGAUGGUUUGGUUGUGGCCAAGAUAAUCAAGCAUUGCCAUGAAGAAGGAAGCAGUGCAGUGGAUGUGGCCCAAGGUGUUUUAUUGGGGCUUGUUGCUGAUACUCGACUUGAAGUGACAAAUUGCUUUCCAUUUCCAAAGAAUCUUGAUGAAAACUUUGACGAAGAAGAUUAUCAAAUGGAAAUGAUGCGUCAUCUGAGGAAAGUCAAUGUGGAUCAUCUUCAUGUUGGAUGGUAUCAGAGUACCCAGCAAGGAGCUUUUCUCUCUACUCAGUUCCUUGAGUCUCAGUUUACUUAUCAGACUUCAAUUGAAGAGUCUGUUGUACUAAUCUAUGAUCCAUUGAAAACAAAAAGAGGAUUCUUGCAUUUGAAAGCCUAUCGCUUAACCCCACAGGCAGUUGCCCUAUACAAAGAUAAUGAUUUUGGUGCUGACAACAUUAAAACUCACCACUUGAGCUUUGAAAGCCUUUACCAGGAAAUCCGACUGGUGAUUCAUAAUUCCCAUUUGGUUAAUGCUCUACUUUGUGAACUUAGUGAAAUGGUUCCUUCAUAUGAGGGAUCUCAAUAUCUUGAUCUUGGAACUGCGUCUGUACUUGAGAAGCACCUGCGAAGCUUGACAGAUAAUGUCGAUGAACUUUUACAAGAUACAAACAAGUUCAAUAUUUAUCAACGUCAGGUUGUAAAGCAACAACAAGAGAAGCAGAAAUAUGUUCAAAAAAGGAAUUUGGAGAACACUGCUCGACAGGCUCGUGGUGAAGCGGCUCUACCCGAAGAAGAUGUGACUAAGGUUUUCAAGCCGAUUCCAGUGCCCCCACGUUUGGAACCAAUGGUACUCUCUGCCCAAAUUGCAGCUCAUUGCCAACAAGUAUCACUUUUCUGUAGCCAAGCCCUGGGUAAAUUGUUUUUAUCUGAAGCUCUACAACAGCCUCAGUCUUCCCAGCAACAAACAGUGUUGAAAGCAAUGGAAGCUGGAUUGGAGAGGAAAAGUAAAGUAAAGAAAAGCGGCCUCGAAUCUUCCAUUCUUUCGGCGAUUGCAGAUGGUGACGAUGAACUGGUAAAUGCCUACUUGAAAAUGGCUUUGAAUCCCGUUACUGGAACGAGGGUGAUCAACGAAAAAAUCAUCAACUCGGUUACUCGCAAAGCGAAUAUUAACAUGGAUCGAGUUGCAGAUAUUAUAAGUCGAACUCAAAAUAUUUGUAUUUGCUUUCUGUUGGAUACAACUGGAAGCAUGUCUAAAUACAUUUCGGGAGUCAAAGAACAAAUUGCCGAAAUCGUCCGAUUGGUGCAAAUAAGCGGCUGUGAAAUAGAAGGACUAGCUUUUAUUGGAUACAAAGAUUGGUGUGACGGGGAGAAUCAUUUCGAAACGCUCAAGUUCACCAAAUCGGUUUCCAUAUUCAAGGACUUCGUCGCUUCAAUCUGCGCCAAAGGAGGGGGAGAUUUCCCAGAAGAUGUAAUAGGAGGAUUAAAUAAGGCGGUGACUCUUCCUUGGCCACAGCCAAGUGGUACCCGAAUUAUUUUUCAUCUUGCAGACGCACCUCCCCAUGGAAAACAUGGAAAGCAUAAAUUCCAUGAUGGCCGUCAUAGAGAUGACUACCCAAACGGCCACCCCCGUGAUCGUCCGAUUCAGGACAUUUUCCUUGAAAUGCGUACUAAGAAACUGAAUUACUACUUCGGUCGCAUCAAUGACGAAUGUGACAUGAUGAUUUCUGUCUUUGAAAAGUACUAUGGCCAAAGAAUUGAGCCCAUGGAUAGCACAAAAGCUCAGACUAUUUGCAAUUCGGUGAUAGAAAGCGUAAUGCGAUCGGUUUCUGUCACCCACCGCACCGACAUCCCCCCUAGUUUGGCCAACAAAACAGUGAGGAAAUUUACUAUGGAUGAAAAGGAACCAAACUGGUUACGGCUUCCACGAGAGAACGGCACCGUUUUAACACUGGAAUUACCUGAAACGAUUCAAGAGAUAACAUCUUUUAUGAAACUACAAGAAAAGAUUAAAAAACUCCGCUUACAAAUCGCUCCAGAUCCGUUUGACAAAGGAUCUAUUCGUUUGGCCUACUAUGGUAAAAUCUAUUACCCGGCCGUAUCUAAGGAUGAGAAUUCAUCGACGUCUGCGUCCGCCGAUAUUGUUGACGAUGUUGUAUUCAAAGAGAUUAUUUCGCUGCCAAAAGUGGAAGAACUCGAUCGCCAACGUUACGUCACUGAUCUAGAGGUACAGACGGUUGCUGCUAAACUAGCAAUUGAAUUUAACGGGAGACUCGUUAGAACAACACAGAACCCCAACAUCAAGACGAAAUUUUUAAUGACGAAAGUUGUUCGAAUUUUCAAAGGAGAAGAUCGUAUUCCACGUUACUUGGCGUCAGAGCAAAGAUUCCGUGGAAAAAGUUUCACCUUAGUUAAGUACACAAACAAUAUGGACUUUGUUCUGGAUCCUAAAACAUUGGACGAAAAUGGUCAGAAGAGGCUAGAAGUUGCCAUCGCAUUUUCACAUUUUACUCAUGACGUCACGGAAGGAUAUUUGCUUGUUUGUGACUUACAAGGAGUUUCCAGCAUUGAUGAAAAGGGAAAGGAAACUCUUUUGCUAACUGACCCCGCCAUUCAUUGUUCAAAACAUCUCCGCUUUGGGAAAACCAACCUGAGUUCCAUCGGUAUAAAUGCGUUUUUCAAAAAACAUGUAUGUAAUAAAUAUUGCCAAGCAUUAGGAUUAAAAAUGCCAAGUUAAACUGACAUUUGCAUUCUCUAUCUUUGAAGACUUUAUGAUACCUUCAUACAGAUUGCAUCUUCAUUUAAAAUCUAUUUCGCUGGCGAUGCUUAUCAUGUUUCUGAUUGUAUAGAUAUGUCAUUCGUGUCAAUCUGCUUCCAAUCGUCCUUUUGUCAAUUUUGAAAUUCAGAAGUUUUACGUCCUUAAGAAAUAAAGUACUACAUAAUUGCGCAUGGCUCUAUGUGUUCAAAACAGUUAUACCGAUACAACUUAAAAUGUAAAGUUCGAAACAAA